AUGGUGACUGUCGAAGAAGCCACCGCGCUUCUGCAAAAGCCAGCUGACGCAAACACAUCCUCGUCGAAUCUCAUCCGCGUACCCUCGACCUACAAACCCCUUCACACCUUUGAUCUCCCCAAGGAGCGCUCGUACCAGCAACAGUAUGCCGACGUCUACUUCCUGCGCCUCACCUCCAUCCGACCCGCCGUCGACGCAGUCGCCGCAGAGGCAUGGGACGGCACCAUCAUAGGCGGUGAGGAGGCCCGCCACGUCAACCGUGUUCUCGACGUCCGCCAGGGCGAGCUUUGCUGGGUGACGGGGACAGUCUACAUGGACAUGGCGCUGAAGCCCAAUAUCUUGGAGGACGUUUCCAAGGAUCGUUGGAUCUCUGCUCCCAUCUCCACGGACCGCUACUACUCCGACGAAGACAAGGACACAAUCAUGCUCGAAGACGACUCGGGUCGCAUCCGCCUUGUCGGCGACAUCCUCAAGUCCAUCCACCUCGUCACGGGCACAAUCAUCGGUGUCAUGGGCUCCGAAAACGCAAACGGCGAGCUGGAAGUCAUCGACGUAAAGUUUCCCGACAUCGCGCCCCAACCCACUCGCUGGACCCUCGCAAAUGACCCAUCGGAAGACCACGACAUGUCCGGCACCGCCUCCACCCCGUCUCAGCGCCCCUCCUCGAAAAUCGCCAUCAUCUCAGGCCUCUCCUUCUCGAGCACCGACGCCUCCUACGCCCUCGAACUCGCCCUCCUCCUCGAAUACCUCCUCGGUGAAGCCCUCUCCCCCGCGACCCAAUCCGAGCUCACCAGCAUCUCCCGCCUCAUUAUUGCAGGAAACUCAAUCGACACCACAACGCCCACCGGCGUCGCCGACAACAACAACACCACCAGCACAACCAACGGCAGCAAAGCAUCAAAUACCAAUAAGAAGUACGGCUACGACGCGAGCGCGUACAAUCCGCUCCCCAGCCAGCUCUUUGACGACUUCCUCGCGGACCUCCUCCCCUCCAUCCCCGUCACCCUCAUGCCCGGCACCCAGGACCCGGCCAACGCGAGCUAUCCGCAACAGCCGAUCCACUCGGCCAUGUUCCCACGCUCGCGACCCUACUGCGCCGCCCCGGACGCCAAGGAACCCGGCUGGCUCGACACCACGACGAACCCCUGGGAGGGCGAGGUCGACGGGUGGAGGAUGCUCGGCACCGGCGGCCAGAACGUCGACGACGUCUUCAAGUACGUCGACAGUGAUGAUCGUUUAGGCAUGAUGGAGGCCAUGUGCAGAUGGCGGUGCAGUGCGCCGACCGCACCGGAUACACUUUGGGCCUACCCCUUUCAAGACGACGACCCGUUCGUCAUGAAGAACGCGCCCCAUCUCUUCUUCGUCGGCUGCCAGCCCGAGUUCUCGACCAAAGUCAUUGAGGGCGGCGACGGCCAGCAGGUCCGGCUCAUCACCGUGCCGUCCUUUGCAGAGACCAAGGAGCUGGUGUUGGUGGAUACGGAGACACUGGAAGUUUCAAAGAUCAAGAUCACGGCGGCGGGAGCCACGGCAACGGCAUCAUGA